AUGUUCAGGGGUCAAGAGAAAUAUUAUCGACAGCAGCUGAAUGCUGUGGAGGGUGAACUCGAGGGCAUCUUGCACAAUCUGGAGACACCUAAUUUGCACCUCAGGGGCCAACCGCAAAUCGCCGAGGAUACGGAUGCCGAUCCGCAAAUCUACGCAAAAUCGCCGAUUCGCACCUUUUUCCAGCACUGGCGCAAGAUGGAAGCGCUGAAAGAUGAAAUUCGUGAAAAACUCAAGAAAAUCGAACCCGACCUUGAGGGAAACCGACUCGAUGGGGAGGUGAAGCUGAUUUUGGACCUUGUGGCGACGGAACCGGAAGAUCUCGUAGAUCUGGCCGUUGCUGAUUUUGCAGAAGUCUCAGGAGUCGCACUCCCUGAGAAAGUGCCCCAAAUCCCGGUUUCGGACGAUCCGGAAGACGCGGAAGACCCAGAAGAUCCUGUACAAACGGUGAAAAACGAGCCACCAGCCGAGGAAUUGGCAAAACUCGUCGAAGAAGGCGAAAAGCGGAAAAAGAAGUGGACGAACCCGGCGCCCUCGCACCAGGAUUUUGUGAAUAAAGUUGUGACGAGAAUCGGCAGCGGUAUCGAACUAGCCGAACGUUGCGAUACAAAUGACUGUUACUUAAUUUAUGAUCAUUUUAAUAGGUGGCCGUACAGAAAUCAAUUUUCCCGGGAAUUCCUUUACGGUAGCUCCCAGAGAAGCCAGUCCAUCUUGCUGCAAAUUCCGCCAAAAGACCGGCAAACCGAAGCGUUCCUGGAUACCUCGAUAUGGAAAUUUGAUGCGAGGGCACUUCCGAAAUCGUCCGAAGGCCACAUCCUUGGCCUGCUCUUGGCUGGUAACGCAAAAUUGACCCCGAAAAAAUCCACGGAAGCCGAAAUGCUGAUCCUUGGUUUCGGUGCCGGCUUCUACCACCAUUUUUUCAAAGACAACUUCCCGAUGAUAAACACGACUACGGUAGAGGAAAGUGACGCCAUAAUCGAUAUCGCGGAAGAGUUCUUCAACGUUAAAACAAGCAAAACUGGAAGGAAUCGAUUGAUUCACCAGCAGGUUAUGGAAUUCUUGGAAAAAUCAGAAAAAGCGGCAAAAGCCUACAAUGCGAUAAUCCUCAACUACCCGCCGGCAAUGGCCUUGGACACGCAUUUAUUUUCUGAGAAAGCCGUGAAGCUUUUUGAGAAGCUCCUUGCCGAUGAUGGGUUUCUCUUCAUCCCCGAACUGAAUAAGCCUCAAGCACAAAACAUGGCUACGAGAUUCGCCACCUCCUUGAAGUGCACCAGCUUUCCAGUCAGCCAACCAGCACCGAGAGGGCCCUCAUUGACGCUGGCGUGUCAUCGCUCCAAUCUGCCCGCAAAACCGAAUUCCUCAAAACAAAAUGCAUUGAAGCAAUUUUUACAAAAAUCCCAGAUAAAUUUC